AUGGGCAACGAGGCCAGCCUGGAGGGCGGCGCUGGCGACGGGCCGCUGCCGCCCGGCGGCUCCGGCCCCGGCCCCGGCGCAGGGAAGCCGCCUUCAGCACCGGCUGGUGGAGGACAGCUCCCGGCGUCAGGCGGGGCGCGGGCAACCGCCGGACCACCGGGUCCAGGCCCCGGGCCCGGUGCCGGCCCGGGCACCGUUUCCAGGAGACUGGACCCCAAGGAGCCCCUGGGUAGCCAGAGAGCAGCUUCCCCAACCCCGAAGCAGCCUUCUGCUCCUGCUCCCAGCCGUGAGAGCCCCCAGGAGACAAGGGCACAGGGCCCAGCUGGCCAGGAGGCUGAUGGCCCCCGCAGGACGCUGCAGGUAGACAGCAGGACGCAGAGAUCAGGGCGGUCCCCCUCUGUGUCACCGGACAGAGGCAGCACCCCCACAUCACCCUACUCCGUCCCCCAGAUCGCCCCCCUUCCCAGCAGCACGCUGUGUCCCAUAUGUAAGACCUCGGAUCUCACGUCAACCCCCAGCCAGCCAAACUUCAACACCUGCACCCAGUGUCACAACAAGGUCUGCAACCAGUGUGGGUUCAACCCCAACCCUCAUCUCACCCAGAAAACCGAGUGGCUCUGUCUGAACUGCCAAACUAAGCGGCUGCUGGAGGGCAGCCUGGGAGAGCCGACCCCACUGACCCUGCCCACCUCACAGCAGCCCCCUGUAGGGGCCCCUCACCGUGCAGCUGGAACAGCCCCUCCGAAGCAGAAAGGGCCACCGGGGCUGGGCCAGCCAUCAGGCCCCCCGCCUGCCAAGGCCAGUCCCCUGCCCACCAAGGCCAGUCCCCUUCCUACCAAGGCUAGUCCCCAAACCAAGCCCCUCAGGGCUUCUGAACCCAUCAGGACCCCGAGCAGUGCCCAGGAAAAGAAGACAGGAGUCCCAGCUAAAGCUGAGCCGGUGCUGAAGCCACCUCCAGAGACUACCCUGCCCCCUGGGAUUCCUAAAGCAAAGGCUGGGGUGCGGAGGACUGAACCUGCCACCCCCGUCGUCAAGGCAGGGGUUCCAGAAGCCCCCAAGGGUGGGGAGGCGGAGGAGCCGGUGGGCAAGCCUUACUCUCAGGACCUGUCUCGGAGCCCGCAGAGCCUCAGCGACACAGGCUAUUCCUCCGAUGGUGUCUCCAGCUCCCAGAGUGAGAUCACAGGCAUUGUGCAGCAGGAGGUGGAACAGCUGGACAGUGCAGGGGCGACAGGGCCAUGCCCGCCCAGCCCCUCUGAGCUCCACAAGGUGGGGAGCAGCAUGAGGCCUUCGCUGGAGGCCCAGGGCCCGGCCCCCAGUGGUGAGCGGAGAAAGCCCCGCUACGGCAGUGGUGAGGAGCAGAAGCGGCGGCCCCACUCCUUGUCCAUCAUGCCCGAGGCCUUCAACUCGGAUGAGGAGCUGGAGGAUAUCCUGGAGGAAGAAGACUCUCUGGAGUGGGGGCGCCGGAGGGAGCAGCAGGACACAGCUGAGUCCUCAGAUGACUUCGGCAGCCAGCUGAGGCAUGACUAUGUGGAGGACAGCAGUGAGGGUGGCCUGUCCCCUCUUCCGCCCCAGCCCCCAUCCCGGGCAGCAGAACUGACUGAUGAGGAGUUCAUGAGGCGGCAGAUCCUGGAGAUGAGUGCCGAAGAAGACAACCUGGAGGAGGAUGACGCUGCCCCCCCCAGGCACGGCCCCGUCAAACAUGGCUCGCAGAAGGGCAGCCCCCGGCCCAGGCCCGAGCCCAGCCAAGAGCAGGGAGCGCUGCCCAAGAGGCGCCUGCCCCACAACGCCACCACGGGCUAUGAGGAGCUGCUUUCCGAGGGAGGCCCAGCAGAGGCUGCAGACGGCAGUGGGGCUCUGCAGGGCGGGCUCCGCCGCUUCAAGACCAUCGAGCUCAAUAGCACGGGCAGCUACGGCCAUGAGCUGGACCUGGGACAAGGCCCUGACCCCAGCCUGGACCGGGAGCCCGAGCUGGAGAUGGAGAGCCUGACGGGCUCGCCUGAGGACCGCUCCCGCGGGGAGCACUCCUCCACACUGCCAGCCUCCACACCCAGCUACACCUCGGGCACCUCGCCCACCUCCCUGUCCUCGCUGGAGGAGGACAGUGACAGCAGCCCCAGCCGCCGGCAGCGGCUGGAAGAAGCCAAGCAGCAGCGCAAGGCCCGGCACCGCUCACAUGGGCCCCUGCUGCCCACCAUCGAGGACUCCUCAGAGGAGGAGGAGCUGCGGGAAGAGGAGGAGCUGCUGCGCGAGCAGGAGAAGAUGCGGGAGGUGGAGCAGCAGCGCAUCCGCAGCACGGCCCGCAAGACCCGGCGUGACAAGGAGGAGCUGCGGGCCCAGCGGCGGCGUGAGCGCUCCAAGACCCCCCCCAGCAACCUGUCGCCCAUUGAGGAUGCCUCCCCCACAGAGGAGCUGAGGCAGGCGGCCGAGAUGGAGGAGCUACAUCGCUCCUCCUGCUCCGAGUACUCGCCCUCGCCCUCCCUUGACUCGGAGGCUGAAGCCCUGGAUGGGGGCCCCCCUCGGCUCUACAAGUCAGGCAGUGAGUACAACCUGCCCACCUUCAUGUCCCUCUACUCUCCAACCGAGACACCCUUGGGCAGCACCACCACUCCCAGUUCCGGCCGGCCCCUCAAGAGCGCUGAGGAGGCCUAUGAGGAGAUGAUGCGGAAGGCCGAGCUGCUCCAGCGGCAACAAGGCCAGGCAGCAGGGGGCCGUGGGCCCCAUGGUGGCCCCUCUCAGCCCGUAGGCCCCCGGGGCCAGGGUUCCUUCGAAUACCAGGACACCCCAGACCAUGACUAUGGUGGGGCUGCUCAGCCGGCCUCGGAGGGCACGCCAGCCAGCCUGGGAGCAGCUGUGUACCAGGAGAUCCUUCAGACGUCACAAAGCAUUGCCCGCAUGCAUCAGGCCUCCUCACGGGACCUGGCCUUUGCUGAGGACAAGAAGGAGGAGAAGCAGUUUCUAAAUGCCGAGAGUGCGUACAUGGACCCAAUGAAACAAAAUGGCGGCCCACUUACCCCUGGUACCAGUCCCACCCAGCUCGCCGCCCCUGUGUCCUUCUCCACCUCCACCUCCUCUGACAGCAGUGGGGGCCGAGUCAUUCCCGAUGUCCGUGUUACUCAGCAUUUUGCAAAGGAGCCUCAGGACCCCCUCAAGCUACACAGCUCUCCUGCCUCCCCCAGCUCUGCCUCCAAGGAAGUAGGCAUAACCUUUGCCCAGGGCCCUGGGACCCCAGCCUCCACAGCUGCGGCUCCUUGUCCAGCUGGCCUGCCACGAGGGUACAUGACUCCGACUUCCCCGGCAGGCUCUGAGCGCAGCCCUUUGCUCUCUUCCACUGGCCACAGCUAUGGACAGAGCCCAACCACUGCAAACUAUGGGUCUCAAACUGAGGAGCUACCCCAGGCCCCCCGUGGCCCUGCUGUCAGUGGACGGGCUGCCAGAGAGAAGCCCCUGAGUGUGAGUGAUGGCGAGAGUGGCACCCCGCAGACCUCCCGGGGAUAUUCCUACUUUGCAGGCUCCAGCCCCCCUCUCUCUCCAUCUUCUCCCUCAGAGAGUCCCACAUUCUCCCUGGUCCUGUCCCAGCAAGUCACUUCUCUACAAGGCCAGCCAGCCUUACAUGGCCACUGCACGCCCUGUGCCACCAAGCCCGCCCCUGGUGCCCUAGCAGCACCCACGGUGGCUCAGGGCACACAGACGCCACACCGACCCAGCACGCCUCACCUGGUACGGCAGCAGUCCCCUCAGGAUGCCCCCUUUAUGGUCAUCACACUGGGGUCAGAUGCCUCCAGCCAGACCAAGAUGGUCCAUGCCAGUGCCUCCACCUCCCCAGUGUGCUCACCCAUUGAAACCCAGCCCACCAACCACAGCUACAGCCAGACAACACCUCAGCUGCCCCCAGAGCCACCUGGGCCACCUGGCUUCCCGCGGGCAGCCAGUGCUGGUGCAGAUGGGCCCCUGGCACUAUACAGCUGGGGCGCCCUCCCUGCUGAGAACAUCUCCCUGUGCCGGAUCUCCUCUGUCCCUGGAACGUCUAGGGUCGAGCCCGGCCCCAGGCCCCCUGGCAGUGCCGUGGUAGACCUUCGCACAGCCAUCAAGCCCACGCCCAUCAUCCUCACUGACCAGGGCAUGGACCUGACCUCUCUUGCUGUGGAAGCGAGGAAGUACGGCCUUGCUCUGGAUCCAAUCCCAGGACGGCAGUCGACCGCUGUACAGCCUUUGGUUAUCAACCUCAAUGCCCAGGAGCAGACCCAUGCCUUCCUCAGCACCGCCACCACCGUGAGCAUCACCAUGGCCUCAUCUGUGCUCAUGGCUCAGCAGAAGCAGCCUGUGGUCUAUGGAGACCCCUUCCAGAGCCGACUGGACUUUGGCCAGGGUGCGGGUAGCCCCGUGUGCCUGGCCCAGGUCAAGCAGGUAGAGCAGGCAGUCCAGACAGCCCCUUACCGUGGUGGGCCCCGAGGAAGACCCAGGGAGGCCAAGUUUGCCAGGUAUAACCUGCCCAACCAGGUGGCACCUCUGGCCAGAAGGGAUGUUUUGAUCACUCAGGUGGGCACUGCCCAGAGUGUUGGCCUCAAGUCAGGCCCAGUGCCAGAGCCUGGUUCCGAACCCCAUCGGGCCACCCCCGCAGAGCUGCGGUCACACGCCUUGCCAGGUGCCAGGAAGCCACAUACAGUGGUGGUGCAGAUGGGAGAAGGCACAGCAGGCACUGUGACCACACUGCUCCCAGAGGAGCCGGCAGGUGCCCUGGACCUCACUGGGAUGAGGCCCGAGAGCCAGCUGGCGUGCUGUGAUAUGGUCUACAAGUUCCCCUUUGGCAGUAGCUGUACAGGUACCUUUCACCCCACCCCCAGCGCACCUGAGAAGAGUGUGGCAGAUGUUGCCCCACCCGGCCAAAGCAGCGGCCCCUUCUACAGUCCCCGGGACCCUGAGCCUCCCGAGGCCCCCACCUACCGGGCACAGGUGGUCGGGGGGCCUGGGCCCCAUGAGGAGCAGAGGCCCUACCCACAGGGCCUCCCUGGCAGGCUGUACUCCUCUAUGUCCGACACCAAUUUGGCUGAGGCUGGCCUCAACUACCACACCCACAGGAUUGGUCACCUCUUCCAGGGCCCUGGACGAGACUCGGCCAUGGACCUCAGCUCACUGAAGCACUCCUACAGCCUGGGCUUUGCAGAUGGACGCUACCUUGGGCAGGGCUUGCAGUAUGGUUCAUUCACGGACCUACGUCAUCCCACAGACCUUUUGACUCACCCGCUUCCCAUGCGGCGCUACAGCUCAGUGUCAAACAUCUACUCAGACCACAGGUAUGGCCCACGGGGAGAUGCAGCUGGAUUCCAGGAGGCCAGCCUGGCCCAGUACAGCGCCACCACGGCCCGUGAGAUCAGCCGUAUGUGUGCUGCCCUCAACUCCAUGGACCAGUACGGAGGGCGGCGUGGCAGCGGUGGUGGUGGCCCCGACCUCAUGCAGUAUCAGCCCCAGCCAGGGCUCAGUGCCCCGCAAGGUCUGGCUCCCCUCAGACCUGGCCUCCUUGGGAACCCCACCUUCCCGGAGGGCCACCCGAGUCCUGGGAACCUGGCCCAGUACAGGCCUACAGCAGGCCAGGGAACAGCAAUCAGACAGCUGCUGCCAUCCACAGCCACUGUGCGUGCAGCCGACGGCAUGAUCUACUCGACUAUCAACACUCCAAUUGCUGCAACACUGCCCAUCACCACCCAGCCUGCCUCAGUACUGCGGCCCAUGGUGCGUGGUGGCAUGUACAGGCCUUAUGCAUCCGGAGGAGUCACAGCCGUGCCACUCACCAGCCUGACACGCAUGCCCAUGAUUGCCCCCCGGGUACCUCUUGGGCCCACAGGGCUAUACCGAUAUCCUGUACCAAGUAGAUUCCCCACUGCUUCCAGCGUUCCACCUGCUGAGGGUCCUGUCUACCUGGGGAAGCCUGCUGCUGCCAAGGCCCCAGGGGCUGGGGGCCCACCAAGGCCAGAGCUGCCAGCAGGGGCUGCUCGGGAAGAGCCUCUUUCCACAGCCACCCCUGCUGCUGUCAAGGAGGCUGUAGCAGCCCCAGCCCCAGCCCCAGCCCCAGCGGCUGGCCAGAAGCCGCCGGUAGAUGCUGCUCCUGGGGGCGGCAGUGGGGCCCUCAGCCGGCCAGGGCUCGAGAAGGAGGAAGCAUCACAGGAGGAGAGGCAGCGGAAGCAGCAGGAGCAGCUGCUACAGCUGGAGCGAGAGCGGGUGGAGUUAGAAAAGCUGCGGCAGCUGCGGCUGCAGGAGGAGCUGGAGCGGGAGCGUGUGGAACUGCAGAGGCACCGCGAGGAAGAGCAGCUGCUGGUGCAGCGGGAGUUGCAGGAGCUGCAGACCAUCAAGCACCAUGUGCUGCAGCAGCAGCAGGAGGAACGGCAGGCUCAGUUCGCACUGCAGCGGGAGCAGCUAGCACAGCAGCGUCUGCAGCUGGAGCAGAUCCAGCAGCUGCAGCAGCAGCUGCAGCAGCAACUGGAGGAACAGAAGCAGCGGCAGAAGGCUCCCUUCCCUGUGGCCUGUGAGGCACCCGGUCGAGGGCCUCCCCCAGCUGCCACAGAGCUGGCUCAGAAUGGCCAGUAUUGGCCACCCCUGACCCACGCAGCCUUCAUUGCCGUGCCUGGGCCUGAGGGGCCUGGGCAGCCUCGUGAGCCCGUGCUGCACCGGGGUCUCCCCAGCUCCGCCUCGGACAUGUCACUGCAGACUGAGGAGCAGUGGGAGGCAGGCCGUAGUGGUAUCAAGAAGCGGCACUCCAUGCCACGCCUGCGGGAUGUGUGCGAGCCAGAGUCAGGGCCUGAGCCCUGUGUGGUCAGGAGGAUUGCAGACAGCAGCGUGCAGACGGAUGAUGAGGAUGGAGAGGGCCGCUAUCUCCUGACCCGGCGGCGCCGGGCACGGCGGAGUGCUGACUGCAGCGUGCAGACGGACGACGAGGACAGUGCCGAGUGGGAGCAGCCAGUGCGCCGCCGCAGGUCCCGUCUUUCUCGCCACUCAGACUCUGGCUCCGACAGCAAGCACGAUGCUACUGCCUCAUCAUCCACUGCCGCCCCCGCCGUGAGGGCCAUGAGCAGCGUGGGCAUCCAGACCAUCAGCGACUGCUCUGUGCAGACAGAGCCUGACCAGCUGCCCAGAGUCUCUCCAGCCAUCCACAUCACAGCUGCCACCGACCCCAAGGUGGAGAUCGUCAGGUACAUAUCGGCGCCAGAGAAGACUGGGCGUGGGGAGAGCCUGGCCUGCCAGACGGAGCCGGAUGGGCAGGCCCAGGGUGUGGCCGGGCCGCAGCUUGUAGGGCCAACUGCCAUCAGCCCCUACCUGCCUGGCAUCCAGAUGGUCACCCCAGGGCCCCUGGGCAGAUUCGAAAAAAAGAAGCCGGAUCCCUUGGAGAUUGGAUACCAGGCCCACCUGCCCCCGGAGUCUCUCUCACAGCUUGUGAGCCGCCAGCCUCCCAAGUCCCCCCAGGUCCUCUACUCACCAGUCUCACCCCUCUCCCCACACCGGCUCCUGGACACCUCCUUUGCUUCCAGUGAGAGGCUGAACAAGGCUCACGUGAGUCCCCAGAAGUACUUCACGGCUGACAGCGCUCUCCGCCAGCAGACACUGCCGCGCCCCAUGAAGACCCUGCAGCGGUCCCUGUCUGACCCUAAGCCCCUCAGCCCCACCGCCGAGGAGUCUGCCAAAGAGAGGUUCUCCCUCUACCAGCACCAGGGGGGACUGGGUAGCCAGGUGUCGGUGCUGCCACCCAACGGCCUGGUCCGCAAGGUGAAGCGGACACUGCCUAGCCCCCCUCCAGAGGAGGCUCACCUGCCCCUGGCUGGCCAGGCUCCCCCACAACUGUAUGCGGCCAGCCUGCUGCAGCGUGGGCUGGUGGGGCCCGCCGCUGUCCCUACCACCAAGGCCAGCCUGCUCCGGGAGCUGGACCGGGACCUGCGGCUGGUGGAGCACGAGUCCACCAAGCUGCGCAAGAAGCAGGCAGAGCUGGAUGAGGAGGAGAAGGAGAUCGACGCCAAGCUCAAGUACCUGGAGCUGGGCAUCACCCAGCGCAAAGAGUCUUUGGCCAGAGACCGGGGUGGCCGUGACUACCCGCCCUUGCGUGGUCUCAGUGAGCAUCGCGACUACCUGUCAGACAGUGAGCUCAACCAGCUGCGGCUCCAGGGCUGUGCCACUCCGGCUGGCCAGUAUGCAGACUUCCCUGUCACUGCCGCUGCUCCUGCCACUCCCUCCGGCCCCACUGCUUUCCAGCAAUCCCGGUUCCCACCUCCGGCGCCACAGUAUGCUGCAGGCAGCGGUGGGCCAACACAGAAUGGAUUCCCAGCCCACCAGGCACCCACCUACCCUGGCCCCAGCACGUACCCAGCACCUGCCUUUCCUCCCGGCACCAGUUACCCUGCUGAGCCUGGCCUGCCAAGCCAGCAGGCUUUCCGUCCCACAGGCCAUUAUACAGCCCAAACACCCAUGCCAACCACACAGAGCACCCUUUACCCAGUCCUGACUGACAGCCGUACCCCCCACCAGAAGCCACGCCAGACAUCACUAGCCGACUUGGAGCAGAAGGUGCCCACCAACUAUGAGGUGAUCGCCAGCCCUGUCGUGACCAUGUCUGCAGCCUCGUCUGAAACCAGCUAUAGUGGCCCAGCAGUAAGCAGCAGCUAUGAACAAGGAAAGGCCCCUGAGCUGCCGCGGGCCAGUGACCGUAGUGGUGUGAGCCUGAGCCCAGCCCCCACCUACCCCUCUGACUCACACUACACCAGCCUGGAGCAGAAUGUCCCUCGGAACUAUGUGAUGAUUGACGACAUCAGUGAGCUGACCAAGGACAGUGCUUCCACUGCCCCUGACAGCCAGAAGCUGGAGCCCCUGGGGCCGAGCAGCAGUGGGCGUCCAGGGAAAGAGCCAGGAGAACCAGGUGUCCUUGAGGGGCCCACACUGCCCUGCUGCUAUACCAGAGGGGAGGAAGAAUCCGAGGAGGACUCCUACGACCCCCGUGGGAAGAGCGGCCAUCACAGGAGCGUGGAGAGCAAUGGCCGACUAGCUAGCACCCACUAUUACAGUGACAGUGACUACAGACACGGGGCUCGAGCAGAGAAGUAUAGCCCAGGCCCCGUGGGGCCCAAGCAUCCCUCCAAGAGCCUGGCCCCGGCUGCCGUCUCCUCAAAGCGCAGCAAGCACCGGAAGCAGGGCAUGGAGCAAAAGAUCUCCAAGUUCUCACCUAUCGAAGAGGCCAAGGAUGUAGAGUCAGACCUGGCCUCCUACCCGUCCUCUGCAGUCAGCAGCAGCCUGGCCUCUCGGGGCAGGAAGUUCCAGGACGAAAUCACCUAUGGGCUCAAGAAGAAUGUGUAUGAGCAGCAGAGGUACUAUGGGGUGUCCAGCCGGGACCCAGUGGAAGAGGAUGACCGCGUGUACAGUGGGAGCAGCCGGUCCCGGGUGGCAUCUGCAUACAGCGGGGAGAAGCUCUCCAGCCAUGACGUCAGUGGCCGGGCCAAGGGAUACGAGCGGGAACGGGAGGCUGUGGAGCGACUUCAAAAAGCGGGCCCCAAGCCCUCAUCUCUGAGCAUGGCCCAUGGCCGGCCCCGGCCCCCCAUGCGGAGCCAGGCCUCUGAAGAGGAGAGCCCCGUCAGCCCUUUGGGGCGGCCUCACCCUGCUGGGGGCACCCUCCCCCCGGGGGACACCUGCCCACAGUUCUGCUCCAGCCACUCCAUGCCUGACGUCCAGGAGCAUGUCAAGGAUGGACCGCGAGCCCACGCGCAUAAGUGUGAGGAGGGCUACAUCCUGGAUGAUUCCCACUGCGUAGUUUCCGACAGCGAAGCGUAUCACCUGGGCCAGGAGGAGACAGACUGGUUUGAUAAGCCCCGGGAUGCCCGCUCUGACCGGUUCAGGCACCACGGGGGCCACGCAGUCUCCUCCUCCUCCCAGAAGCGAGGCCCUGCCAGGCACGGCUACCACGACUACGAUGAGCCCCCCGAGGAGGGCCUGUGGCCACACGAUGAGGGUGGCCCAGGCCGCCAUGCCUCAGCCAAGGAACACCGACACCAUGGUGACCACGGGCGGCACUCAGGCCGCCACACUGGCGAGGAGCCGGGACGGCGUGCUGCCAAACCACACGUUCGAGACCUGAGUCGCCAUGAGGCCCGGCCUCACCCUCAGCCCAGCCCUGCCCCGACCGUGCAGAAGAAGGGUCAGCCUGGGUACCCCAGCUCCGGUGAAUAUUCACAGCCAUCCCGUGUUCCAUCAGCGUACCAUCAUGCCUCUGAGAGCAAGAAGGGCUCCCGGCAGGCCCACUCAGGGCCCGCUGCACUGCAGCCAAAGCCAGAACCCCAGCUGCAGCCGCAAGGUCGGCAGGCAGCUCCAGGUCCACAGCAGUCACAGCCUCCUCCAUCCAGGCAGACGCCCUCAGCAACAGCAUCACGCCAGCCGCAGACACAGCAGCAGCAGCAGCAGCAGCAGCAGCAGGGUCUCGGGCUACAGCCUCUGCAGCAGGCCCCUUCGCAGGCCCGCCUGCAGGAGCAGGGCCAGCCAGCUGCUCGGGGUCCGGCCCCCGCUGCCAGCCAGCCAGCAGGGAAGCCUCAGCCAGGGCCCUCGACAGCCACAGGCCCGCAGCCAUCAGGGCCACCGCGGGCAGAGCAGGCGAACGGCUCUAAAGGGACUGCCAAAGCACCCCAGCAGGGGAGACUUCCUCAGGCCCAGCCACCACCAGGACCUGGACCUGCAGGCAUGAAGGCUGGAGCCAAGCCUGGAGGGACCCCAGGGGCUCCUGCCGGCCAGCCAGGUGCCGACGGGGAGAGUGUGCUCUCCAAGAUCCUCCCUGGUGGGGCAGCAGAGCAGGCCGGCAAGCUGACGGAAGCUGUGUCUGCUUUUGGCAAAAAAUUCUCCUCCUUCUGGUGACCAUGCCCUGCAGGGCUCUUGAAGAAAUGAAGGGAGAUGAUAUCAUUGCUGUGGAAAAAUCUCUGGAGUCAGAGGCCUGGGCGCAGCUCUGGACUCUGCGUAUAACAGUGAGUAUCAGGACUAGGGUUGGGUGAGGCAGAGGAGGGAGUGAAGGGCCAAGGCCUAGCUGACCAGACUGACCCAGUUCCUGUAAGUGUGAGCCAGGAGGGACCUGGUGGGCUUCCUUCAGCUAGGAUGGGCCCAGCUGCUACCUGGGAGGCAGAGACAACUGAGCUGGCUGAGGUGAGUCAGGUAAGUAACCUUGGGAAAGGGGCCCGGCAGAGCAAACCGUGCCCCACAACUUGGGGUCUGUACACUAGGCACUGAUUCCAAAGCCCCGUCCUUGAGGCCUAGUGCUGGGACCUUUGCUCCAGACAUUCAGAUGAGGCUGGAGUCCUCAAACCCUGCAGAGCUUAGCACUCCUUGGUGUGACGUCAAGAUACAAUUGGCUUCACAGGCUGAGUUCAAGACCUGCAAGGUGGAAAAGCAGAAUGAGUGGAGAGGCAGACAGGAAAGGGAUGGAGCGGAAAGGGAGGUCACCCAGACAGGAGUCUCAGCUCCAGACCAGGUCAGCCCAGGGAGAGAGUGGAAGGGCCUCAGGAUGGGAGCCCUGGCUCUCUCUGGGCUGCAAUGGCCAAAGCAGGAUCUGAAGCCUCUGCCUAGAGCCUCCUCUGGACCUGGCCUUACCUCUGGGCGGGAAGGAGGAAGCGGUACAUCAUGCAGGAUGGCAGGGAGGGUAGGCUGGCUGUUGGUGCUGCUCUGCGCACAGCCAGGGACCACCUCCUCCCAUUCCAUAGCCUUGGGACCCUCUUCCUACCGCGCCUUUGCGAAUUCUACUGUUAAAGAGUAUGGAGGUGUGGGUGCUUCUCAUAGUGAGCAGGUGUGUGUUUGGCAGGGCCAGGCACUCAACAAGCAAAUCACGAGGGAGCGCUGGGGCCAGCAAGGGCCUCUGCCCAGGCCUGGCCUGCUUGUGGGAGGGAGCUAGGUGUAGUGCCAAAAGGGCCACCUAUCUCUGGAGGACUAGCAGGGAAACUGGAAAGGUCCAGUUUCCCAUCCAUUUAUUCAUUUAUUCAAUAAAUGUUUGUCAGGCCCUAGGUAGGUGCUGGGCCCUGUUCUGAGUUCUGGGGAUCCAGCAGGGAACAAGACCAAGUCCCUGCCCUCUCAAGCUGACAGCCCGUUAAGAGGGGCAGAGAAUAAAUAAGUUUUUAAAAAAUGAGAUUAAAAGAUAAUUUCUGAAGGUUAUAAGUGUUCUGAAGCCAGGGACACAGGGUUAUGGCAUGGAGGGGGCCACUCUAGAGAAAGUGGUCAGUGAUGGGUAAGGCUCAAGGGAGGAGAAGAGGCUGCUGUGGGAUGUGCCCAGUGAGGGAACAGCACCCGCAGAGGCUCUGAUGAGACAGAUAGGCCUCAGGGACAGACAAAAGGCCAGCACAGCUAGAUCCACAGUGGAGGGGAGAGAUGGUCGGGGUGACGUCAGAGGGGGCAGGAGCCAGCUGGGGUGGGCUUUGUAGGCGAAAGUAAAGAGCCCGGAACUUAUUCUAAUUAGAGUAGCCACAGUGCAGCACCUCAGUGUUCUUCCUGCCUUCACCCCACGACAGCAGGCUCCCUGACACUUUCCCACCCAGCUGGAUGUUUCCUCUGAGUUGCCCUGAAACAGGUAUGAAAUCAGAAGUUGUGCUGAAGGGAGGGGAAAGAGGGGCAGCCCAUGGACCAGGUCUAUGGCAGGACCCACCUUGGGUGUAGGGCACUGUUACCAGGGAGGGAAAGGAACCACUUGCGUCGUUCCUUUUGUUCUGUGUCCUGUCACACGAUGUGCGUGGGCUACUGAGACCACUAACUUUGUAAUUAAAAGAAUCACCCUCAAGUUCUGGCAUUUGGCUGAGUGGGCCAAGCGGUCAGUGCUUCUGUGAGUGUCUAUCUCCUGGUGUCUUCUGUGGAAAUUUCAGAAGUGGGCUGGGAGAGGCUUGUUGUUUUAAACAAAAUCCCAUCUCCCUCACUCUUAAGAAACAAAAAGCAACUUGUGUUAAAGAAAUGGCCCUUCCUGGCCAACCUGAUUCUUUCUUCCUGAUCUUCUCUUUAUGACCUCAAACCUGCCCAAGCACCCCUCUUCCCCAGCCUCAGUGGGGUGGGAUCCCAUGGGUGAGGAGGAGCCAGGCCGUCAGCUUGUGGCAGAAGCUGGAAGGAGUGCGGGCGGGAAGCAGCUGUCCACAGUUCUUGACAAAAUUCUUCUGUCUUUCCUGUUUCCUUUCCCCCUCCCCCCUUUUCUCCUCCAAGCAUCUACAAUCUGGCAAACCUUGGCCCAAAGACUCACACCAGGUGGGACGUGGCAGGCGGGCCUCAGUUGAGGACGGGAUGUUUUCUAACAGCAGCUGCCGGGGUGAAACAUCUGUUGGUCAAGUGGGACCAUUGGCCCAGGGGGACCUGUGAUUGUCUUUCCAGAGACCCUGCUCUCCUCAGGGCACCACCUUCAAGGCAUAGCCGUCGUUGGGAGGGAGGAACCCUCUCUUCAGGCCCUGUCACGCGGCAGUCUUGCUGCUCUUCCCACAGCCGCCUUCCGCGGCCUGGCCAGCCAGGCUACCAAUGCGUUAUACACAGAGUUUGGGCGCGCGCAGCCUGUUUUUGACGGACGCUGCCCUCCCUCCACAAUGCCAGAAGUUUUUCCACAGCCUUGGAGAGGGGCUUUGACUGAGGGCUGGGGGCCCUGGGCUCCGUUUCCUUCACAUUCCAGCUGGCCCAGAUCCCUCUGUGGCCACAGGGCCCUGCCCCCUUCACCCUGCCCCCUGGGUGACACCGGAGCAGACUUCCAUGUGGCUAGCGUGGGAUUGGGAGAACUUUACAAACAUUAGGACCUAACACUGUCUCAUCGCUGAAAUAAGAGGCCAUAGCACCGAAAAGCAGCGUGGGCGCUGGCUGAGGCUUCUCCCAGCCCGUGGGUGGCCGCGUGCUAGCACGCCCGCCACCAUCUUCAAAGCCAUCACCCCCAGUCAUCGUGAGCAUCCCAGCGGCACCACCAUUGUCUCGACCAGCCGGCUCCUCAUUCGUACACCUGGGGAUUUCUUUUGAUUUCAAGAACAGCCUUAAUUAUUUCAGUUUGAUUUAAGUGUAUACCUCAUAAACAUUGUUCUUUUAUUUCUCCCCCCACCCUUUCUCUCUUCGCUCUCUCGGCUCACCUCCUUGCCUCUCCCCUCCACCACCACGUUGUGACUGAUGGUUUGGUUCCCUCUCUGCUCUGCCCCUGCUCAGCAUGGGGAGAAUAUUGACUUAGAAGCAAUAGUGGGCAGCAGGCCACCAAGAGCACAACCCCAGGGCGGGGUCUAGGGAGGCCCCUCAGCCCGCCUCUGUUUACCGUGCAACUCCAGUCCUUCUUAAGCCAUCACCAGUGGACAUGCUCAGAGCAGAGGGGCCAGGGCUUCUGCCAGCCAAGGGAAGGGCCCAGGGCCCUGUGCUGGGGAGUGUGGCACCGUCCAUCCACCUGGUGGACUGGGCAGUGUUCCUCCCUGAGGCCCUUCCCUUAGGGGCCUCCCUUCACCUUGGGCACAGCCACAAGUCUCAUCUCUAAUGUUCUAUGCAAUGAAAUAUAAACCCUCAAAGACAACUGUUAAUAUUUAUUAAAUUCUGUGUUAUGUAUAAGGAGUUAAUUGCAAACCUGCAAUUGAGAAACUGGAUAGAUAUGCUCAUAUCAAACCCCUCGCUCCCUUCCCCCUCCCCUGCUCCCACUGUGUGUGUGAAAUUCUCAGUCUGUGGCAUGUUCGACCUGUGGCAGGACUCGCUGCUGCCAGGCGAGUCACCGCCUGUCCCGCAGUGGAGCAUGCACAGCUCGCAGCUUCUUUGCACGAUUUCAUCCAUUUUCAAUGCUCGACCCUCUUGCUUGGAGUUCUUUUUGUCUCAGAACCUCUCCUUCAGGAGUGCUUCUAGCUAACUUCUGCACGAGCUAGUGAGGACCCGCCGGAAUUGCUGCCUGAGCAUGCCAGGCUGUGGGCCCGGCAGUACAAGGCCCCACACCCUCUGCAGGUUUCUCUGACCAAGAUGUCUCUGAGGAGACAUGUGGUUGGGAGCCUGCACAGGAUGUGUGCGUGUGAACAUUCGGAAGGUUUGCUGUAGGAUUUCCAUCUGUAAGUCACUCCCCCACUUAUCCCAGCCCUGAGCCAGAGACAUCUGGUCGCCCCUUCCCAGCAGGGCACUGCUGAAGAGCAGAGCUGGGCUGCGUCUGUAGCCAGAGGGACAGAGGCCAAGGGUAGGGCCCAGCUCCUGACUGCACUUCUCCUUUGUGGCUGGGAGGCUCAAAGGUCUGUGAGCCAGGAGAUCUGGCCAGGGGGCCAGAGAAUGCUCAGGAAGAGCUGGAGUUUUGGCAUUUGUGGUGAGGACAGCUGACAGUGUCAUCUUUGAUCAGAGUGCAUAUUCACAUAGACAGUGGCUUCAAGCUGAGUUUCUUGGGAAGCUUCUCAAUAACAAAACUUACAGAAGGUUCUGUUGUGACACUCUCUGCAUCUGUCUCCAGGACCUAAACUCCCUGCCAGCCACUAUCUCUGAAGCCUAAGUAUCCCACUGCUCAUCAGCUUCUCUAAGACUGAGCCAAGAGUGUGGCAGGUGGUAGCUGCCCGACCCCUCCAGGCCUGGCCUUCCUCCAGAGUGCUCUGGUUUGCACCGUGCAUUUCUCAGGGGUCCACAUUUCUCAUUCUUUCCCAUAAGGUCUACAAACCCCUUCAGAGAGGGAUCCUGGCCCACCUCUGGCAGCUGUGGAUGAGAUAGGAGGCUGUCAACCCUUGUGUUGGGCCUAAGACCCUGCCCUUCUGGAUUUGGGCUUCACCCAUCCAACGGGACACCUGCCUCAUCCCAGAGAUCAGGCCUGGGCUGUAUGAGGCCAUCUGUGCAAGGGCUGAAGGAGGCCACCAUCUGGCACCUCUGACCACCCAGGGCCAGGUCUUUGUGGGGAUGUGCCUAGUGGCUGGAUACAUGAGGGACUAAUGCAGCGAUCCUCCCGAUAAAAGGCCAAGGGAUGGGACCAGGAGCAGGGAACAGGCAGGGAGAUGACAGCAGGUCAGCCUCCAUCAAAGCUAGUUUCACGCUCUCCAAUGUUGACGCUUCAGCAAAUCUCCUUUCUGGCCAAGCUUUCUGAGUUUGAAAUUUCUGACAUCUGCCACUCCCUAACCCCCAGUGUAUCCACAGGACACAUCUGUGCCUAUCACCCCUUGUGAAGGUGGCUGGAGCAGGCCUCUGGGCCACAGGUGUCCUGGCCCUUGUGUGGAUACAGCUGUGGCUCUGGGGGCCAGAGGCUGAGGGACCAGCAUUCGAUGCCUUGGGCAGUGGGGAGCACCAAGCACAUUUCCACAUGGGCAAGGGGUUCUCUGGGAUGCAAUCCAGGCCUUCUCUACACCCUCCCCCGACCCAGUGUCAUGAACAAGGGCACUGCCGCCUCUGUCUACUUCAGGGCCUAAUGCAUUCACAGUGACACCCCGCUUCCCCACCAUCCACUUAGUCCUUGGGAAGAGAGGGUGGUCUCAGGGCCCAUGAUGACUGGGCAGCAGUGGCAGCAACCAUGGCCUGUCUUCUGGAGCCUGUGGGGAGUUUUCCAGGCAGAUUCUUUACCAUGACAACAAGGUCCUCGCCUGUUGGCCCCUCCCUUGCCCUCGUGCCCCCUCCCCCCAUUCUGUAAAUACUUGUCAUUGUGGACUCCGACAGGGUCAGAGGGACAGGCCUGACCAACUGAAACUCCUCAGAGAUAUCACUUCUGUCUCCCUGGGUACCAGCAGCCCUGCUGCCAUGUGCACUGGGGUGGCACUGGAGAGCCAUGGAAGUCAUGAGAUAUUGUGUGUGUGUGCAUGUGAACAAGUGUGUGAGUGUGUAUGUGUGUGUGUGUCUGCCUCAUUUGGCCUCUGGGAUCAAAUCAGCUCCUUCUCUCUAAGUGCAGUGCCCUGGAGAGUGGUGGCCGCCCAAUGCCUUUCCUCUGCUAGCUUCCAUGUCUUGUUUUUGCUUCCCCCUCACUCCUUCCCUGCCUCCCUUCUUUCCUCUCUCCCUUUCUUUCCUUCUCUCCUUCUUUAUUUGAGGGGGGAAGAGUGCUGUACAAAGUCAAACAAACAAGUUUACAGUUGUAAGUGCAAUGAAUGACCCGAGUCCUCCACAUGACCUUGUGAAUCGUGUGCCGUCCUCCUGUGCUCUGUGAGAACUCGUGGUACUUCAGUGUCCCUCCCCCUGUAUUGUAACAAGGUAAUUCUGUGGUAUCAGAAUAAAAGGACUUGAUAUAAACAACCUACA